AUGGAUCCCGCCGUAAUCGCAGCUGUCAAGGAGAAGUUCACCGCUUUCGAUACCCACAACAUUACAUAUCAAGUGGUCAAUGGCCAUGCCAUCACCACUGAUAUCCUCAUCCCCAAAAACAUUCAGCCGGGCAAACAUCCUGUCAUCGUCAGCUUCCACGGAGGCUACCUCAUCACCGGCGCAAGCCUCUUCCCUAGACAUUUCCAGCCAUGGAUCAUGGAUUUCGCCCUCGAGCAUUCGGCCGUUCUUAUGAGGCCGAAUUAUCUCAAGCUGCCCGAAUCUACGGGGCUGGAGAUUCUGGAUAACCUGGCUCAAUUCUGGAAAUGGUUCCACGGGGGACUGCGGACAGCGGUCAAGUCGGCAACGGCAGGUGCAGUCGAAGCGGAUGUAUCAAGGACUCUGGUGAUCGGGCACAGCGCCGGAGCCUACCUCGCCGUCCAAUCCGCCAUCGCCCAGCCCGCAGGCACCUUCGGGGCCGUCAUCGCCGGCUACGGCAUGCUCGACAUGAGAUCCCCCUGGUUCACCACCCAACGCAACGAGAAACACCCCCUCGGCAACCCCACGCUGCCCCCGUCACUCGUCGACGAUCAUCUCGCCGCCAUGGAACCGGGCCAGGUCGUCUCGGCCGCCACGCCACCCGUCCGCGCCGAUCUCGCACUGGCGACGGUGCAGUAUGGCCGAUACCCGGACAUGCUGGGGGACGAGGCGGCUGUGUAUCCGUUGGAGAUGUUGGGGUCGGUGAAGACGUUUCCGCCGCUGUUUAUCUAUCAUGGGACGGAGGAUUCGGCGGUGGAGGUGCGGCAGACGGAGGCGUUUGUGGAGAAGUUGAAGGAUGUGCUGCCGGGGGCGAAGGUGUUGGUGCGGUUCGAACACGGCGAUCAUGGGUUCGACGCGCCUGUGGGGCUGGAGGUGCCGUGGUUGAAGGAGGGGUUGGAGUUCGUGGCGGGGGAGUGGUUGGGUCGUGUGGAUGUGGGAGCUUGA